GACCAGGCGUGGCUGACGCUUCUCUGGGAAGCAGGAUGCACCGUGACCAUUCAGGCACGGGUGUGCGACAGCGCCGACAGCUGGGCCAUAAGCCGGCACCAGGCAUCCGAGACCAUCAAAGCUUCGUCGGACAGUUCGUUGUCGGAUACUUUCUUGAACUUCACCGAGCUCAUAAAGCAGCUGAAGGUGGAGCAAGUGAGUGACGCGAAGCGCUUCGGCCUGAAGUACAACGGCACUGAUUACAAUGCCGCAAUGCACGGCGCCGCCCAAGCCUUGCAGGGGCUAAUGGGCCCCGGCAGCCGUUUCCCAGAAGCCCUGCGCAAAUUGGAAAUGGCAUUUGGGAGAGAACUUCUCAGCAACUCCUAUGCCAAGCUGCGUCGCCUGACUUCCCUCAGCAAGGGCUGUGACAAGACAGCGGCUUGGCUCGUGGAGAGCCUCCACCUUGCUUUGAAGCUCCGGCUCACGACCCCGCCGAAGGCGACGGAGGCCUGGUUGGACAGAGACCGCCGACACAACACGGCUGGCUACUGGCCGUGCCAGCUGGUGGUCAAGGAGGCGCUCCUUGCAAAGCUGCCAGAGGCUGACGCGGAGGAGAGCAACCUCAUCACUGAGGAUGACGAGGAGAUGCCGCAAGAGGAGCUGCAGCAGGCGACCGCGCUUGAAUCCUUGAAAGGCAAGUUCAAUCGCGCGACAGGUGCCGUCUUCGAGUUCCUCCUGGACCUUGCUCGUGGCAGGUACUUCGCAGACUGCAAGGACUUGGCCAAGCAGGGCGACUCGACCACGGUCGGCAAGCAUGUCCAGGACGCAGUGGGAGCCAGCAGCAAGGAGAAAGAAAGUCUUUCUGGCAUGAUGAAAGCACUCGUUGUCGUCAUCCAAAACUUUGAGGUGACUGCAAGUGCAAAGUCGGUGUCGUUGUCGGCGACUGGUGCAGCCCCAGCUCCUAGCUUCAUGGCCUCGCUUGGUGAGAAAGGAGGAGAAGAUGAUGAAGCUACCAAAGCCGAAAGGGAGCGAGUGUGGCGCCUGGUGCAGGCGGAAAGGAAGAAGGUCAUCGGAUUGGGCUUCGCCAAAGCCGCCAGCACGAAAGACAACUUUGCUGAAGCUUUCCGAAAUGCUGGGAAAGUGUUCUCUUUCUCUGGAACUCUGAAUUCCCAGCACCGACUCAUCGUCGCUUCGGCAGAUUUGCUGUCGGAGUCUGGCAGUGAGCCAUGGGCGACUCCCUCCAAUCCGGACAAGGAGAUCUUCAAGCAGAUGUGUGAGUUUGUCGCCGGCUGCACAGGUGCUGCCGACUUCGGCGUGGUGCUGGAUGGCCGCCUGCGUGAGGAGGACACGUUCCUCUCGCUGUCGCAGUCGGAGCAGGGGUGGAUCAUCUAUGAGGGUGGAUGCCCCGCGAGGGCGGGCCGUGCCAGACGGGUCUUCAUGGGCUGUCGCAAGGUGGAGUCUAUGUGUCUCCGAAUGCCGACGGCACGUACCCGCAUCAAGGUGCAGCCGCGGGAGAACUUCUGCACGACCGGAGAAAGCACGACUUUCCAGACCACGUGGUCGAGUGUGAAGUUCCGGCAGAGCGCUGAGUUGCCCCUCAUAGCACUCAGCGCCAAAAAACUCGUUCUCGAUGUCGAUGUCGCAGAGCCGCCAGAGGACUGGGUGGAGAAGCACGGGGCGGCCAUCCCGUGCUUCUGGCAGGAAGGCAAGUCGAUUGCAUUCUGGACCAGCUUCCUCGACGAGCUGAAGAUCGCAGCGAUCUUCGACUUGUCGCCUGGAUCGGGCGGGUUGCUCGAGGCCGCCCUUUCUCGCGGAGUAAGCUAUUAUGGCAUGUGCAAAAACAAGCAGCACAUGCAAUGGCUCGCUGCGAUAGCCGAUCGCGCGGCAUGCGGACUCAUCGCAACGGAGGGGUCCUCCCUCCACUCGACGGAGCUGUCGGUGUCGAUCAAAAAGUUCUUCGGCGACGUGCUGCUGGAGCUCCAGCCGAAAGAGGACAUGGAGGAGGAUCCCUGGGAGCCCGAGCUGGACGCGUGA